CAGCGAAUAGCAGAAGCAGAAAGAAUCGAGUCGAGAGGGAAAACUUAAUGGUCAACUAGGAUAAGGAUAAGAAGUGAUAAUAAUAUGAGUGGUGUUAGAUCCAAAAUGAAAAUUAAGGAAGGAGUGGUGCUCGUAAUUGAUGUUGGAGAGGCUGUUGGUAAUCUUGUUGGAAACGGAAAAAGCUUCUUGGAGAAUAGCAAGAUAUGCGCCUCAAGGAUUAUCCAGCGUAAAAUUUUUGCAAAUUCUCAAGAUGAGUUUGGUCUUGUGUUGAUUGGCUCAGAAGAAACAAAAAAUGAACUCAACUAUCCAAAUGUAUAUGUGCAAAACUCAUACUUUAGUUGUGCAAAUUGGAACUUAAUGAAGAAUAUCAGCAAUUUGACUGUCGCCAAACACAGUGGGAACUCAUCUAACAGUGAUUGGCUUGAUGGACUUAUUGUUGCUGUUAAUCUAUUGAAAGAGGAAUCUGAGUGUAAAAGUUUCAGUACAAAGAAAAUAGUGUUGAUGUCCAAUUUCGCAACACCGGUUACAUCUAUUGACAAUGUUGAUGACACAAUCAAAGCCCUGAAGGAUCUUGAGAUUGGUUUGGUUGUCAUUGGGCCAGAACUUGAAGAUGGUAGUAGCGAGAAUGAAGUAAAAUCGCCAGCUCAGAGAAAAAAUGAAGCCAUCAUCAGUCGAAUUGUUGAAGAAGUGAGUACAGUACCGACUGAUGGUGUAACAUGUGGAUUUGAUGAGGCCAUGGUGCCGCUCGGACGUUACCAAAAGAUACAAACCAGAGCUAUGCCGUGGAAUUGUGACUUGCAAAUUGGAUCAAAUAUAUUUGUGCCGAUUGUUGGUUACAAAAAGUUUGACUCCAAAAAACUGUUGAUCUGGAAGAAGAGAAGUAGAGAGAAAAGUGCAAUAGUAGAAGAAAGAGUUCACUUUGAGGGCGACCAGCAAGUAGAUAAAGCAGAUGUCAUCAAAAGUUAUACAUAUGGCCAAACUAUCGUACCCUUCUCUGAGGACGACAAGGCUGCUACUUCAUUACAGACUGAAAAAUGUUUCCAAGUUAUUAUGUUUGCUAAAAAGGAGGAAGUUCCUAUUCACAUGCUCAUGGGCGAAUCUGUGUUAUACAUCGCUCCAAGAACUGGAAAUGAGGGUGCAGUUUCAGCUAUGGUAGCCCUAGCUCAAGUGCUGCUGGAGCAACAACAGGUUGCUAUUGUGCGAAAGGUUUAUCGUAAAAACACAGCUCCAUUAAUCGGGGCCCUUAUUCCAACAUGUGAAACAUCAAAUAAUCGCAAGUGUUAUUUCUUCUAUUGGGUCAAACUACCGUUUGCAGAGGACGAUAGACGUUUGAAGCUACCUUCGCUUAGACACAUUAAACCAACCCAAGAACAACAAGAUGUUGUAAAGAAGCUCAUAGAUUCUAUGGAUCUCUCACAACUCGAUGAAGAAGAGGAUCCUUACAGGAAGCCUGUCAAUCCGCUUGUUGAACAUGUUAAUGACCUAAUUACGUUCAAAGCCUUGAAUCCUUCUUCUGAAAUGCCAACUCAACCUUCAGAAAGAGUCAAGAACAUGUUAAAGCCUUUGCCUGAUAUACUCGCAAACGCAUCUCAAGCCUUGGAUGAAAUAAAAAGACUUUUCCCGCUUGAAGAGGUUGAACAAAAGACUUAUCGGAGAGCAGCAGCUGAUAUCUUUAACAGAUCCACAAACAACAAUCCUGCUAAUGUGGUGGCUCCUCAAGAUAUGGUCAACUCCGUCACCAGCUUGGUUCAAAGCACAGUAACCGAAGUUGGAACUAUAGACCCUGAAGGAAACUUCUUGAAGCUAUUGGAUCAAGGAGCAUCUUUUGGCUCCUUAUGUGAACAGAUGAAAACUGCCAUCAAAAAGUUGAUAUUCACCUCAAGCAGUUCUGUCGGGGCAGAAAAAGCCAUCUCUGCCAUGAAGUUGCUUCGGGAACGUUGUGUGUCAAGGAAUCCUGUGUCUUACAACACUUUUGUGGCCUCUUUAAAAGAUGACCUGGUAGAGAGAGGGAAUACGGAUCUCUGGGAUGUCAUCGUGCAAGAGAAACUUGGUUUGAUCACCUCAGUAGAGUCGCAGCAAAGUAAUGUGAGUGCAGACGAGGCCGUAGUUUUCUACGAGAUCAAAAAAUGUGAAUCUCAAAGUGAAGAACAAUGUGAAAUGGAGGUGGAAGAUUUGCUUGCUGAACUCUGAUUGUUGGGGUUGACUGGGAGAAGAAACACUUUCAGAGACAACACAGUUUUGUUUAAAAAGACUUAAUGCUAUUUUGUAUUUAUUAAUAAAUAAUUGUAUUACAAGAUA